UGCAUACACACUGUCUCUUUCUUCUCUCUCUCACUCCUAGAUACCACCGUUACCACCACCGCACCGGACCAUCAUCACCCUCCCCACCAUCAUCCCCACCGUUGCAACAAGAUCAACCGGAGGUACACCGCUGCACCCGCACCAUCCGCACCAUCAUCACCAACCACCACACCACUAUAAACCGCCGCCGCUACACCACUACCACCACCGACCGGUGCUUCUGCGUCGCCUGAUCAGGAAAGGAGUAAUUAAUCUGUAACUUGUGUGUUGUAGCAAGAUCAGUCAUGUAAUCAUACAAUCUGUGGAAAUUAAGGAGCUGAUUAAACAUGGUCUCCGUGAUUGGAUUAUGCUUCUUCGUCUUCUUCCCCUCUUGCUGUCGAUUGUAUACAUAGAGGACCAGAACAACAGGAGAUGUUGCUGUGAUUACUGGUAUGUAGGCUGUGUUUGAGAGAAAAUCCAUGGGGGUAUGGUUUCGUUUACAUCUUCUGCUAAUCCACCUGGUUAAUUGACAACGGAUUUGAUUAUAAUGUGCAGUUAUCGAUACAAAUUGUGGUGAAAUUUGUAUGAUACUGAUUGUAUGUAAGUGAAUUUGUAUGAACGAAAUUUGGGGGUUAGGGUUAGUCUGAUAUGAUAGAGAGAGGAAGAUAAGGAAGAGAAAAAUAUUAGGUAGGGGUAAUUUGGUCAUUUAACAAAUUUUAACAAAAUAAUUCUAACAAAAUUAGAAAAUUGAACUUAAAUGGUUAAGAAAAGUGGCUAUAGGGACUCAGAGCGUUAAACUUUUUGAUUUUGGACUCAAGUGGUUAAAACCCCUAAAACACAGGGACUCAAGUGGUUAAAACCCCUAAAACACAGGGACUCAAAAAGUAAUUAUAAAAGCUUAAAACGUACUUGUCACCAUUCCAUAUCGCCCAUCGGAUCACCGCCGCACUCCACCACCGCUGCCCCUCCGUUGCCGCCACCGUCUCCUCCGCCACCCUCCGCCUGCUACUCCUUCUCACGACACCCUCCAACCGCCGCUCUCUCCGCCAAUCGUCGCCUCCCUCCGUCGACCGGCCGCUCUCUUCAACAGGAGGAUGGGUCAAGAUGGGUUAAUGCCCUAACCAACUACAACCCAACUCCCCACUAAGUCAGAUUGGGCUUAACUAAAAAGAGGAACAGGAUGAGAGUCAGGAUGUUCGAUACGCUGGACAGAAGUUAAACAAGGAUAAUGGUAGCUCCAUCAUCAGGGUCAAGCUCACUCAAGGAGUAUCUAAAAAGAUAUCAAAGCAAUGACGACGAGGAGCAAAAGAAGAAGAAGAAGAAGAAGAAGAAAAACAAGAGCAAAACCAAGCCUACUAUGAACGGUCUUGUUGUCGUUGAUGAGGAUCCCGUUUGGCAAAAGCCAGUUCAGAUCGAAGAAGAAGAUGACGAGUCACAAGAUGAGGAGAAGCCACAAGUUGAUGAAGAUAUUGAAGUCAAACGAAUGAAGAGAUUAGAACAAAUUAAAGCCCGACGCCCUUUUGGUUCCAUUUCCGAAGACGGAAGCGGUUGGGUUUCAGUGUCUGAUAACGCUAAAAAUUCGACUGCAGAUGACUCGAAUCGUGAUAUCUCACCACCACGUAAACAUAAGGCCCACAGUGACAUCACUGACAUGUCAUCGCCUAGACAUGAACGCGUUCCUUCUACAUCUGUCGUAGAUUCCGACAUGUCGCCACCUCGUAAACGUAGGGUUCGUUGCGAUACACCUUCCCCAGAACCGAAUGCUGAUGACAUGUCACCACCACGCCGGCGCCACAGGAAAUCAAGAUCACCACCACCACGUCGCGAUGACACCGACAUUUCACCUCCUCGUAAGCAAAGGGCUCGUUUUGAUACACCGUCUCCUGAACGUAACUCAGAUCCCGAUCUUUCACCUCCUCGUCGGCGGAGUCAGCAUAGGACGGGCCCACGCGCACCUGCAGUCGAUCCAGAUCUUUCUCCACCAAGAAAAAGAAGAGAUGAUACUGAUAGACACCGACAAUCAGUUUCAGCUUCUGAUCUUUCUCCACCGAGAAAAACCGUGAAAGAAUCUGAUCGGCCUAAAACUGGAUUAGUUAGCGGUAAAGAUAUAAAAGAAGAAAUUACUAAAGCAAAGAAGGAAGACUGGUUGCGGUUUCAAAAGAUGGAUCCGUCUAUAAGUGGCAGAAACGCUGAAGGCAUACGACGUGACAAGAAAACAGGGGCACGCUUGACAAAAGAGCAGAUUGAAGCACUUCAAAAGAAAGAUGAGAAGCCAAAGGAGAUAAAGCUGGAAUGGGGCAAAGGUCUGGCACAAAAGCGGGAAGCAGAGGCAAGACAAAAGGAAUUAGAACUUGAGAAGGCAAAACCAUUUGCAAGGACUAGAGAUGAUGAUGAUCUUAACGAUAUCCAGAAGAAUGCAAUCAGAUGGGGUGAUCCGAUGGCACAUCUAGUGAAGAAGAAGCAAUCUGAAGUAUUUCUUCCAGAUAUAGGAGAUAAUGAGAAGAUGAAAGAGUCUGGAUUUAUAGUUCCUCAACAAAUUCCUAACCACAGCUGGUUGAAAAGGGGGUUAGACGCUGCACCAAACCGCUAUGGUAUCAAACCAGGACGCCAUUGGGACGGUGUUGAUCGUAGUAAUGGAUUUGAGAAGCAGAUGUUCAAUAGACAAAAUGAGAAGCAAGCUACAGAAAGAGAAGCAUACCUGUGGUCAGUAGCUGAUAUGUGAAAAGUCAAAUUUCCGAUGCUCAUGAGUUAUUGAUACUCGUCUUGUACCCGAGUUGCGGUUUUGUCACAACUCACAUCUAUGACACCUUUACCAAACCUUUGAUCGCCCGGUCUGGACCUUUGAUCCUUGUUUUUGCUUGCUUUACACUGAGUGGGACUCCAAUGUUACUUUGUACCUAGUUUUUGGAAAGAAAUGUGUAAUUUGAUUGUAUGCAUUUUACUUUAAUACAUGAAUGUAGAAAUGUUUGAUGGAGUCGCAUCAAUUCGGGCUCUAGCGCAUAACUCACAGUAUUCAAAAUAAGCUGGAAGUUAAGCUCAAUGUUCAUCUU